AUAACUUUUGAUUUGAUUCUAAUCUCUCACCCACUUCCACGUGUGUCACUCAGGUUCCUAGUGGAAUUCAAAGAUUUCUCCUUUCAUUCUCUUUCUUUUUUCCAGUCUUUGACACGUCUCUGUAGAGACAGACACUCUGGAAUUAGGAAUAUCUGUCUUCAUCAGACAUCCUGUAUGGCUGUCUAGCUUAAUAUAUAUAUAAGCAACGCACCCACUAUGAUACACCUGUCUUAUUUUCUUCCACACCGACUUCAUUUCUCUUGAGCGAAACACUUCAAAGGAGGGUUACCCAGCCCCAGAAGCCAUAAAAGCAAGGACUGAUAAACAAUUUGAAGCUUGGAGCUGGAGGCGUAGCCUUAUGGGAUUGUCACUUUCCAUACCGUUAUCAGCGUGUGAAAAAAUCUUGAGGAAUUGGUUAUUUGGUUUGUCUUUCAACUUCAGGUUUGGAUCUAAAGAUGGGGCUAAACUCCUGAGAGCAGCCAGCUUGAACAAGAAAAGAGAAGAAUCAGAAACUAGUUCAUUGUCCAAUGGGUCCAAUAACAUCAGUAGUUCAAGGAGGUUGAGGGAUCGUGGACCUGAGAUGGUGACUCUGCAAACUAAUGUUAAUGUCCCAUCGGAAAAGGAGUAUAUGGGUGAUAUUAAGUUGCCUCAAAAACCAGUACCUCUUCUUACUCUCCCAGAAUCAGUGGUGUUUUCUUCACCCAGACCCAUUAAUGAGCUUGAUGCUGCUGCAACUAAGCUCCAGAAGGUCUACAAGAGUUAUCGCACAAGAAGAAACCUCGCAGAUUGUGCUGUGGUGGUGGAGGAGCUCUGGUGGAAGGCCCUAGACUUUGCUGCGUUGAAACGGAGUUCAGUUUCAUUCUUCGAUGUCCAGAAGCCGGAGACUGCCCAAUCACGGUGGGCGAGGGCAAGGACAAGAGCAGCUAAGGUUGGAAAAGGUUUGUCCAAGGAUGACAAGGCGCAAAAACUAGCUCUCAGACAUUGGCUUGAAGCUAUUGACCCACGUCAUCGUUAUGGACACAAUCUGCAUUUAUAUUAUGAUAUCUGGUUUGAAAGUCAUAGCACUCAGCCAUUUUUCUACUGGCUGGACGUUGGGGAUGGCAAAGAAAUUAAUCUUGAGAAAUGCCCAAGGACCACCCUUCAACGUCAAUGCAUUAAAUACCUUGGACCAAAGGAAAGGGAAGAAUACGAAGUGCUUGUUGAAAACGGGAAGCUAAUGUACAAGCUGAAUGGGAAGCUGGUGGAUACAGACGACAAGUCCAAAUGGAUAUUUGUUCUGAGCACAACAAGAAGCUUGUAUGUAGGACGAAAGCAGAAAGGUUCAUUUCAGCACUCAAGCUUUCUAUCUGGGGCUGCAACCACAGCCGCAGGCAGAUUAAUAGCCCAUCAAGGUGUUCUUGAGGCUAUCUGGCCUUACAGUGGUCACUACCACCCCACAGAAGAGAACUUCCAAGAGUUCGUUUCCUUCCUUGAGGACCACAAGGUAGACCUCGCCAAUGUCAAGAGGUGUGCUAUUGAUGAUGACACGCCUCCAUACGUAGGUGAUACCGAUGAAUCACAGCAGAACUUGGGUCCUAUUAUAACUUCUCAGUCAAAUGCAAUUAAUGAUAGUGAUAAGAAUGGCCAAGAGACAAAUACAACGGAAGUUAAUGAAGAGGGUGCAGGGGUUGGUGAUGAGAAGAAGGAUCAAGCCUCAGUGUUUGACUUUUCUAAGAGGUUGUCCUGCAAAUGGUCUACUGGUGCUGGGCCCAGGAUUGGGUGUGUGCGUGACUAUCCUGGACAUCUGCAAUCAAGAGCAUUGGAGCAAGUGAAUUUGUCACCCAGGCCCACUUCAGUGCGGCCUCCAAGCUAUGGCCCAAUUCCUUCGCCAAGGCCCAGCCCAAAAUUGAAGGUCUCUCCUAGACUUUCAUACAUGGGAUUGCCCAGUCCAAGGACGCCUAUUCCUGCAAUGAGUUAAGCCCGGACUCGUAGGAAUUCAGACCCUUUGAUACAUUAACAAAAAACGGGUCUGCUUUUUUCCAUUUUGUAUAUGAAUUUAUCAUGUUAAUUUUAAAAGGAAACCGGCAAAUUGUGUGUGAGACUUAUGCAUGUUAUGGAGUCUACUAUUCAAGUAGAGUCUGUUAAUCAAAUAAGUCUCAUUUACAAUGUGAUUGUCCUUUUAAGAUUAUCCAUACAAUCAGCGUUUCAAAACAAUUGACAAGGCCUAAAUUCUAACUGAAGCCACAUGUCAUGACACCAGCUAAAAACGGCAGAUAGGCUGGUCAAGAAAAUCCUGUCUCUUUUGUUUUUUGUGGACUUGAGUUUGUUCAUUCCUUUAUUUUUUUAAUGAGUUUGGAUGUCUUGUAAACAGAAGAGGCUCUCAUUGUCAGUUUGAUCUAGUUUUCAAGCCUUAUGGAGAAGGGCUACAGUUAGUUAUUAGCUGCAAGCAAAGCAUAGGUCCAUCAAUAAAACAAUGUUGUUGCAUUUUUACAGUAUCCACCCCUCCCCAUAAUUUUGGUAUGAUGUUGGUGCUGUGUUUGGUGGAAAAAUGACAAAGGAUCCUUCAAGGAA